AUGUCCAAGGUUUCCAUUGCAGUUAUUGGUCUUCACGGUUUCAUUGGUGAACAUGUUUUGGCCGCUAUCAACUCUGGUAAAUUUGACGAAAAGAUCCAGUUUCCAGUUAAAGCUGUGACUCGUAAAGUUGAUGCCAAGUCCACCGACAAGAUCCAGUAUGUUCAUGCACCUGAACUUUUGGAUCCCAAACUUGCUACCGAGCUCAAGGGUGUUGAUGUGCUUGUUGAGUUGACUACUCCAACACCCGAGAUCUUUAAAAAUAUUGAAAAAUUGAUUGAGCGCGUGAAUCCCAAGUUGUUUAUUCCUUCGCAAUUUGGUACUGAUCUUUUGCAGCUUGGCACUUAUGCAAGUGGAUUUCUUGAUUUCAAAACAGAACAUUCAGUGAAUGUUCGUAAGUUAGGAGUCAAAGUUGUUGACAUUAUUACUUCAUUGUGGGCUACACCUGGGGCAUACUUGUAUGAUUGGGUUGGUGCCGUUGGUAUCACCGAGGAAGGAAUCAAUGUGAUUGGUGAUAUUAAUCAAAAGUUCAACAUCUGUAAGUUGGAGGAUGUUGGGAAUGUUGUAUUGGCCGUGGCUACUUUUCAACAGGUUGCCAAUUUGCCGGAUGUCCUUCAUAUUGCUAGUGAUACCGUUACCGUGAAGAAUAUCAUUGAUAGGUACAGUGUGUCCAAGAAUAAGGACUUGAAGGUGAUUAGUGAGAUCAGCGCUGAGCAAGGUAGAAAAAUACUCAAUGACAAGUUAAAAGCUGGUUUUAAAGAAGAUGAUUUUUACUUUUAUUUGCAAGCUAUUGUUGCUCAAGGGUUGGACAAAGGUUUGUACUUUAGCAAAUUGGACAAUGAAUUGCUCAAUCCAAACGAAUCAUUAUGGAAAUGGGGUAAAUUCUAG